AACAGGCCCGGUCGGUGAGCUCAUAUAGCUCAUGUAUUUAUUUUUGACGUUUCAUAUUUUCAUUUUACAGCUGCUGGUUCUGGCAGAAGACCCGAGCGUAAUAUACCAUCCCUCAACGUCCUUAUUUUGCACAGGAAAUGAUGAAGUGUUGUUUGAUUUUAGUGAGGAUCACUUUCCGGAUAUGAGCUUUCUGGCUCGUUUUAGCAUCAAUAUACAGCUCCCACGACUCAUUCAACUUCGUGUGUCCCAAACUGCAGUCCAUUAAGACCGGGUCUAAUGAUCUCAUCUCCACAGAAGUGUUUGCUGUAGUUUCUGAAAGCGCUUUAUUUAUACCAGCCGAAAAAGAAUACGUCCAACGUCAUUAUCUGCCGUCUUUGCAAUCAUAAUAACAAUAGGGCAUAUGCUAUAAUAAGUAAAUGCAUUUGUUUUAAUAUGCAAAUGCAACGCAGAGGCCACGAGUGAUGUAGAAGCGCGAGCUCAUGAUCUCAUAUCCUCUGUGGUGUUUUGUGGUGUUUGGGUGUAGCCUCAGAGACCAGCGGCGAAAGACACGCUUCGUCGAAGAAGUGAAGCCCUCCCAGGACAGCAGGCAUGUCUUCUGUAUGGGAUGAUUUGGAUCUUCUCCUGGACUCCCCCUCCUCUUUGACUGUAAAUUCUGCAGCACGCGGCACUAUUAAGGAGAAGCCGGGUUUUAAUCCAGGCGAGGAUGCUGCUGCUUUACGGAAAGCUAUGGAAGGCAUUGGCACUACCGAAAAGACUCUUGUUGACAUUCUGACUCAAAGAAGCAAUGCCCAGCGCCAGCUGAUCUGUAAAGCCUAUCAGGACGCCACCGGGAGGACUCUUUGCGAUGACUUGGAAGGGGACACACGUGGAGAUUUUGAGGAUAUUUUGGUGGCCCUGAUCGCUCCUCCUGCUAGGUUUGACUGCCAAGAGUUCACACGGGCUAUAAAAGGUGCCGGUACAAACGAAAGCGUUUUGAUAGAACUUUUUGCAUCACGCUCGAACCAUCAGAUCAAGGCUAUGUGUGAUGCGUAUUUGGCUGAAACCGGGAGAGCUCUAGUUCACGACCUGAAAUCGGAGGUGUCCGGGGACUUUGAAAAGACCUUGCUGAUCCUCGCCGAGGGUAAGAGGGCUGAAAGUACGAACGUGGACGUGGCAAAAGCUAAAGAGGACGCCAAGAUCUUGUACGAGGCAGGAGAGAAAAAGUGGGGAACAGACGAGAGCAAGUUUAUCGAGGUCCUCUGCCACAGGAGCGUUCCUCAGCUCAGACAGACUCUGGUUGAGUAUAAGAGUCUGAGCGGAAAGACCCUCCAGGAAAGCAUUGAACGGGAGAUGUCCGGAAGACUGGAAGAUAUUCUUGUGGCUAUAGUGAAGUGUGUGAAGAGCGUCCCAGCAUACCUCGCGGAGCUUCUGCAUAAAAGCAUGAAGGGUGCUGGUACCACUGAAUCGACCUUGACUAGAAUCGUGGUGAGCCGCUCAGAGGUCGACCUGCAGGACAUCAAGGCAGAAUAUAAGAAGCUCUUUGGCACUUCUUUAUACUCUGACAUUGAGUCUGAAACAUCGGGGGAUUUUCGCCAAACCCUGCUGAAGAUUUGUGGUGAAGAUGGAAAAUGAAUGGAUCUGGAGAAGAAGAAGAAGAACACAUCACAGUGUGAAAGAAUGCCCAAGUAUAACUUUAUUACAAUUAAAAUACUAUCAAUGUAUCAGAAGAGCUGUAUCAAAUGUAUUCUUGAACUAACGUGAUUGUUUAUAAUCAUAGAUAUAUCUUUAGUAUCAGAAACUGCAUUGCUAUGUCUACAUGAUGAAUGAAUAGCUGACACUUAUUGAAGAAUAAACACUUGUUUUUUCUGA